AUGAGCAGUUGGAGACCAUUGAGGAGGGCUCGCACGAAUAUUGGGCGGACGGAGGAAACACAGCAACAACAGGAUGAAAGAGAACGUGGGGAGGAAUACGACGCCGAAUUGGUUGAUAUUCUAGAUCUUGUCGAUCCGGAAGUCCAGGCGCUGCAGACUUUGACGAACGUUCAAAAUUCCCUCGUUAUUCCGUAUCUGGGGAGAUAUUUGAAUAGACAACCGACAUAUACGUUGACGCGACGACCAGCAGAUUCGGAGGAGUCAGAGAGCGCCAGUGAUGCUGAGAGCGGAGCGGAAAAGGAAAAGGCGAAGGUGCAAAAGAGGCCUACCACGCAGAGGACGCACACGGGGGCUACAUUGGAUACCAUCACGAGUAGGGUGAAUGAUAAGUAUUAUGCUGUGCUGCCACAUGGUGUCACGCUACCCGGGUGGACUGAGGAGGAGAAGUUGGAAUUGAAUAAUCAUGUCAGGCACAUGCUGCAUUCAAGACGGUCAAAGUUUAAGAGGUCGAUGAAGGGAUUCGGGCAAUAUGUCAGGAGGCCGUUGGGAUUCUUUGUAACUGUCUACGCAACACUGAUCACGCUCUUCGGCCUGAUCUGGGUACUCUUCUUAAUCGGCUGGAUCAACGUCGGCGGCCGCCAUGACUACAUAAUCAACGUAAUCGACAACGUCCUCGUCGCCCUCUUCGCCAUCAUCGGCGACGGCCUGGCCCCCUUCCGCACAGUUGACACCUACCACAUGUGCUUCAUCGCCCACUAUCACCACUUAACUUGGCGUCUCCGCAAAGAACGCGCCCUCCCACGUUUGCAAGACCACAACGAUCUCCCUGCCGUGCAGCCGGACCAGGUCUCUGAUGUCGAGAAGCAGGAAUUCAGCGUCCUGUCUCCCGAGCAGCAGAGGAAGCUUGCACAUCAUCAGAAGAAGUUCGCUCGAUCCCACUCUUUUUACAAGCCUCAUGAGACGACUACGCAUCAUGCCUUUCCACUUCACUUACUCGUACUUGUGGUAGUGUUAUUGGAUUGCCAUUCGCUAUUGCAAAUCGCGCUGGGGACUUGCACGUGGAGUAUUUCAUACCAUGUCCGGCCGUUUGCUCUCACGACGGUGAUUCUCUGCUGCAGCAUUACGUGUAACAUCACGGCGGGCAUUGUUAUCAGUAUUGGAGACCACAAGACCAGGAAAAAGGACGUGUUGGAGAAGAUGUUCAGACAGGAGCUCACGAAGGCGGCGAUGAAGAAGGUGGAGAAGAAUAGGAGUGCGCACUUGAGCCAUACCAACACCGACGAAGGGCUGUGGGGUGUCGUUGAUGAGGCCGCCGAAGGGGUCGAACAGGAUUUGAAAGAGAAGGGGAAAGAGAGGGGGAUAGAAGAUGCAGGAGGUUUGAGUGACAAAACGGAUACGGAUACGGAGUUCGAGACGCCGUUGAGUAAUGUCAAUGAAGGGUCCAGUUAUAUGCCAAUUCAAGGGAGUUCGUCGACGAGGCAGGGUAUUCCAAGGAUUACUACGACCACCACGGUGAAUAACGGGCCGACGGGUAUGAGUACGACUACAACGACACAUAUUAGCUAG